AUGGAGUAUAUGAAGCCUAAUCACCUUUAUGAACGUCUUCUGGACAAUAUUCCUUGGAAAUCUGGCGAUCCGUCAGUAAAAGGGGAUCCCAGAAAAAGCGUUAAAUGGAUUGACGGUUUGCGAGGAAUCGCGUCUUUUCUAGUCAUUCUCACCCAUCUUGCCCGAGCUUGGGACUACGAUCUUUUUUCUCCCCGCGAUAACGAACGUGCGACGCCUCGUAUCCUCCAAUGGCCUGUUUUGCGAAUUCCGUGGCAAGGCCGCAUUGGCGUCACUAUAUUCGCAUUCUUGACUGGCUAUGUGUGCGCACUUAAGCCUAUUAAGCAGUCUCGAAAUGGAGAUCAUAUGGGCUCCUUUAUUUCUAUCGCAAAGAGUGCAUUCCGCCGACCACCUCGUCUUAUCCUUCCCGCCACAAUCGCAAUGAUCAUUUCCUGGGCAAUGGCGCAGUUCGGUGCAUUCGUCGUGGCCAACCGGUCAGAUUGCUGGUGGUGUCGCUAUGCAGCCCCAGAUCUGGCACCUACAUUUUUGGAAGAGAUAGUCCGGCUAUUCAAGAAUUUCCUCAGUACCUGGACGACGGGAUAUAUGGCCUAUGACGACCAUCAAUGGGCAUUACUGCCACUGCUCCUUACAUCAAUGUUGGUUUAUAUUUUGCUGUGUGCGACCAUGUUCGUCAAGUUUCGCUGGCGUCUGUUUAUCUACUUGGCAAUGUUUCUAUAUUUCCACCAAGAUCCAGCUAAGGAUAUCGAGACGUUCCAGAUGCAGGGCGUCUAUGGCAUGUUUCUGAGCGACCUGUCAUACGAGAAACCCUUCCAACAGUUCGUUGCAGAUCAUAAAUGGGGCCGUCGAAUUGUAGCCGCAAUCCUAGCCUGUGCUGGUCUGUUCAUCUGCGGCUAUCCAGGCGAACAUCCGGAGUGGAUGGGCUGGUCAGACAUCAUGUUCAAAGCGGCACAAUAUAUAUUCCCACCAGAGGUCAACAUCGGCAAACGGUAUACCGCAGUGGGCAUCGACCUGAUCAUUUUUGCUAUCUACAUCUCCCCCUCGACAAAAGAAUUCCUUUCGAGCAGUCUUCUUCUCUGGUUUGGAAAACAGAGCUUCGCCGUGUAUCUGGUCCACGGAACCCUUCUGCGCACGGUGCUAUGCUGGAUGUUGUAUGGAAUCACCGGUCAGCCCUGGGAUGGAAAUAUUGUUGAUGAGCAUGGGCAGCCAAUCUACGGCGAGGAUGGCGAGCCUUUACACCCGCACUGGAUUCCACUUCGGAAGCCGUGGGUUGUAGCACUUUCUAUGCCACUAUGGAUUGGGCUGGUGUAUAUAUGUGCGUCUCUGUGGACGACAUAUGUGGACCCAUUCUGUGCAAGGUUGACACAAAAAUUGGAGAAGUUGAUGUUUGAGGAGGUUGACGAGCCACCUCCAUCAUUGCCUUUGACCAACAUCCCGAUGACCACUACUUAA